ACCAUAAGAGUCAAGAUGGAGACCAAGUUGCUCCUUGCUGUUUGGCUGCUCCUCCACACGGCGUACUGUUUGCCGAAGGACUGCGGAGAGUGCGACCCUGACGCCUGUCCGGAGAUCGACUGUCCCUCCAACAUGACGACGAAAGAUGCCUGUUCCUGUUGCAGUGUCUGUUUGAGGGACGAGGACGAGGCUUGUGGGGGCAAGCAUUGGUCGGAAGGCCGCUGUGUGGAAGGUUACUUCUGUACGGCGGAUCCAGACAAUGACGAAGAGGAGCCUGGUCGGUGUAACUGCAGGUACCCGUACCGGGUGUGCGGGUCUGACGGGAAGGACUAUGUCACCUACUGCCAGCUCAGAUUUGCCUCCUGGCGCAGCAAGAAGAUGGGCGGGGACAAGAUCCACCGGGUGCACAAGGGAUUCUGCAAGUUCGCUCCGAUCAUCUCCAUUCCACCGACGGAUGUCCGGAACACCACUGGGGACACAGUGUACAUGAGCUGUGAAGUCAAAUCCAACCCGUCUGCGCAGAUCGUCUGGAAGUUUAAGAAAGAUGAGGAGGAUGAAGGGGUGGACCUUCCAGGCGACUAUGCCAACAUCUUCUGCAGUUUCCGCGGCGGGCCGGACACCAACAAGGUGACUGGCUGGGUGCUGAUUGAAGGCGUACAGAAGACGAAUGCUGGCAUAUACCAGUGUUUUGCUGCCAACGAAUUUGGGAAUGAUACCAGCAAGGCCUAUUUAGAGGUACUGGAAGAAGAACUGUGCAUGGACAUGAAGGUUUUGUUGGUAGUACUGGUGGCAGUGGUGGUGGUGGAGGGGAGGAAGGCUCUUGGGAGGUGUCCUCCCUGUAAGCUGGACCAGUGUCCCGACAUUCGGGGCAAGUGUGUGGGGGAUGUCAUCAAGGACCCCUGCCACUGCUGUGAGGAGUGCGCCAAGACUGAAGGGGAAACAUGUGGAGGGAAGAGAAACAAGCUGGGAACCUGUAUGGAGGGCCUGCACUGUGAGACCAAGAGAGGGAGGAAGAAGGGCGUGUGUGUCUGUAAUGUGGAAGGAAAGGUCUGUGGCACCGAUGGCGUCACCUACAGCAGCCUGUGUGAACUGGACCUCAACAAACUGGUCGGCUUCAGGGAAGGGUGGUCACUGGAGAGGCGCCAUGAUGGCCCGUGUUACUCAGCUCCAGAGAUCGUGACCCCGCCCCAGCACCUGGUGAACACCUCAGGUGCGCAGGUUUACCUCAUGUGUGAGGUGACAGGUGUCCCAUCUCCCAGGAUGCAUUGGCGCAAGAUGGAAAAAGGGCCUGAUGGGAUGGUCAAGGUCACAGAAAUCCCUGGAGACAAGCAAAACCUAGCCAUCCAAGUUCGAGGGGGCCCUGAGAAGCACCAGGUCACCAGCUGGGUACUGAUCUACCCAGUGUCUGAAGAGGAUGCUGGGGAGUACGAGUGUUAUGCUGAGAACUCAGAGGGCUGGGUGACAGCACGCGGCAGCCUUACUGUCAAACAUGGAGAAGUCAUACAAGAUGCUGACUUUGAUGAUGAUGAUAUGUAUGAUGAUGAUGAUGAGGAAGACUAUGAAGAUGAAGAUAGUCAGGAGGAAGAGGAAGAAGAAGAGGAAGAGGAGGAGGAAGAGGAUGAUGAGGAAGACAUUCCAGAGGAAGAACUGGAUCGUAUGGAGGAAAGAGAGGAUGAUGCAUAGGCUACAGAUAGAGUAUGCACAUUUCAUUCAAAUAAGCGUGGGAAAUGCAGUCAUUCAUGUAGAAAGUAUUGAACUGAUGUGAAACAGAUGUUUAUUGCGACACAAUGAUGACAAUCUCUUACCAAUCUUGCUUUGGUAAGAAACAAUAUACAAGAAGCUUCAUCUUUGUUAGAAUGAUGUUCUGCAUGGUGAUUUUACAAUGACAAUGAUGUUCUAAGUGUUAAGUAUUCUCCAAAGUGUGCUUAAGCAUGUCCUUUAUUUGCUGUAUAGUAUGUCAGCUUUUUCAAUUGACUAGAUUGUAUAUCUGUUGAGAGAUAAAUACAAUACAGAAUAUCGUAUUUACCAUUUAGGGAAUACGCAUUUAGUAUGAUUAGUCAAUAUAUUCUAGGGUGAUAUACAGUAUGCAACAUACACCAAAAUGCUGCAUAUUAAUGUGAGGAAGUUUUUUUUAUAUUACCACGAUCUAGAAUGUUACUGGAGUAUCUCUUUUCCUAUAUGUUUGGUGCUGUCAGACUGAGCUUUGAAAGCACAUCUACAAAAUAUACAUGUUUAAUUCACCUUGGCAGGCAAAUAGAAGGUUUAUAUCCAGCAAUCUCUAUGGACUUUUUUGUCUCCACUGUUUACUUUAAGAAUUUUUGUUCUUUGGAGCCUCUGCUGUAUUUGUCUGAUAUGGGAUGGAUAAAGAAAGUUAGGCUGUAACUUGUUCAUCUGUUGCGCAGUAUUUAUAUGGAUUGUGCCACAUUAGUUAUUCAUCAGAGUUGUCAGUAAAUUGAUACCACAGUAGUAUUUUUUCACUGACACCACAUAGUCUUUUGUUUAUUACUGUACCAAUAAACAAUAACCAAUGGA